CUACCUUCUCCUCCACCACCACCUCUUUUCUCCGUUUCUGUUCCCACCGCCAACUGUCCGCCGUCAACACACAACACAUCGCCGACGACUUUGACUCGAUGCGCUUUCCGAUUUUUCGUACGCGUUGUUGAAUAAUGCACCGCGUCACGACGACGACGGACGACGCUUCGUCAGAUAUCCGAGGCAACGUCGACGACGGGAAACGAUCGCGCGACAAACAUCAAAUGUCGAGAGUAAUGUAGCAACGUGAUGAACAACAUCUCCGAACGGUGCGCUUGAACGAGAGGGUUCUUUGUCCUCUGCGUGAGGAUUACGCGAACGGCGAAACAAUCGUGCGUGUUUGCUGUUCGUGUGAAGAGAACGAUCCUCCUCCUCGCUCGUCAUCUUCGCGCUGUGCUCAAGCUCGCUGCCAGUCCGAAAUCCGUUUCCCCGAAUCUGACCGUUCGUCGUUACCACCGCACAUACGUACGUACGUACGUACAACAGAGAGUGAGGGAACGCGAGUGUCGAUUCUCCUUUGUCUCUCCGUUCACAUUUUUGUGCCUCAUAUCGAUAUUAUCGUCAACGUAGCGCAAGUGUUGCGAUGUCUCUUACGCACCUUUAACGCAGUAAGAUAAAAUUGAUUUGCAAACGUGAAAAAAAAAAAUGUCUGCGGAAUCACCAAGGCGAGGUGUACACAAAGGAGGUCAAAUUGUCUCACCUCAGCCUAUAGUUGAUAGAUCAAUUAUUGAGAGUGUUGCUGGAAUCAUAAAUGAUAUUGUACCACAGGGAUACUCUGGAGUAUCAAACUCUGAUAAUAAAGAAACCAUAUCAUGGGCACGAUUUGAAUAUGCAGAUAUAAACGAUCCCACUUUAUAUCCUGAUUACAAUGAAGGUUCCAGCACACCACCUUUGUUAUUAGUGCUAGGAUAUACAAUCGGUGUUCAGGUAUGGCUUAUAUCGGCGGCAGGAGAAGCUACAGAAGUCCUAUCAUGGCGACAAGCCGUGGUCCGUACCCUUCGAAUUCUAUCGAAUCCAAAGACUGACGACGAACACGUCGACGAAUUCGAAGCGAAACGGCCAAUGGUGGCGAUCUGCUCCGAGGUGGAUCCGACUCUUCCGGGACCAAAAUUCUGCGAUGUCACUUUUCUUUCCCUGAAAACUGGCGAGUCAGUUCACAGUGUAGCGUUCAAGAGUCCCGUUUGCGACGUGCUGGCGAACAAGCGAUCUGUGGUCGUAACGUUAUUAGAAAAAAUUGCAGUCUUCAAUGCCAGAACGUUGCAAAAUACUAUAACAAUCACUACCUGCUACACAAGCCCUGGCACAAAUCCAAAUCCUGUUGCUUUGGGAACACGAUGGCUCGCUUACAGCGAAAAAAAAUUAAUACCCUCUAGGAGAAGCAGCGGUGGUUGCGAAGGUGAAGGUGUGCAGAGUUACACGGCAACGGUUUUGUACGCGGCGAAGUCACUGGGCAAAGGUUUACGCGGAUUGGGAGAAACCGUAGCUUCGAGUCUAACUGGCAACUCGGUGUCACCGAUGCCCGUCAACAACACGGGAAAUGACGUGACUCCUGGCGUUGUUACAAUAUUGGAUCUUCAGGUCGCGAGAGACGAGAAGGAACUAGACGACACAAACGCGGAGGCUGUGAUUGCUCAUUUUACCGCCCAUAGUGACCCAAUCGUCGCUAUGACUUUUGACCUGACCGGCGCGUUACUGAUGACGGCGGACAAACGGGGACAUGACUUUCACGUGUUCAAGAUUCAACCGCAUCCCGGCGGUCCGACAUUAGCGGCGGUACAUCAUCUGUACAUUUUGCAUCGUGGUGAUACCACUGCGAAAGUACAGGAUAUGGUGUUCUCAAGCGAUGCACGUUGGGCUGCUGUUUCUACCGUGAGAGGUACCACCCAUGUCUUUCCCGUCGCGCCUUACGGAGGUCCCGUGGGCGUUAGAACGCAUUCUACUCCUCACGUUGUCAACAGGCUGUCUAGAUUUCAGAGAAGUGCAGGCCUGACUGACGACGGUACCCGAUCCCAUUCUCCUGUGUCUCACACGGAGUUACCUCUGUCCACUUAUCCCUUUUCGAAUCCUAGACUUCCCCCCUACCCUCAUCCGACCAUACUGCAUCCUCUAUCGCAGAUACGGCAACCGUCCUCUUUAGGCCAACUCAACAGCUCAUCCCAACCGAGUAGACCGCAACAGAGACAACGGUUACAUUCUGACGAUAGCGGGACUUUGCCUUUAAAGAUCUGCGCCUGUUUCGCUCCUCCUAGAGCUUGGAUGUACGCGCAGCGAGAGUCCAGCAGCAAGGUUGUCAAGAGAGCGGUCGAUUCAUUGUUUAUCAUGGCUUGUCACGGAAACAUGAUACAAUACGACUUGGAACCUAAACCAGCUGCUGGAGUGCCAAAGGAAAAAGUCUGCGACGAUACUAUGAUCGAAUUGGAUGUCGAGGCAAAAGGUCAAUGGCCACUUUGCAGAUCUCCCAAUUCCGCAGAACUUUUUGCGCCGUUACCUCUAUCCAAUCCCUUGCUCAGUGUUUCGUUCACACUAAAAAACAACCAAGAACUCGAUACAGCCGAGGAUCGUUGGUUGAGUCAAGUUGAGAUUGUGACACACGCUGGACCGAACAGGCGAUUAUGGAUGGGGCCCCAAUUUGUCUUUAAAACUUACAACGCUCCCAGCGGGGUUGCUGUUAAUCUGGUCGAAGCCGAGACCGUGGAAGUUGGAAUAACCGGUUCGCGUCCGGCAAGAUCGAAGCCCGUGAACAUGCCCCACGCGGCGUCUAGACCGUUAAUGCCAGUCGUCAUUGAUGGAUCUGGAAGUAGCUAUGAACAAUCACCAAGAUUCAUGGAAGCUUACGGCGAUCCUCUGGACGGCGAGAAUGUGGCCGUCGGUAGCUGCGAGAGUCAGCUGAGAGAAGAUCUCGCGGAAGCUAUGCUGGAGAUAACCAUCGCGUCACAUCGUGCCCAAGGGAGGCGUACAGUAAUUGAGAGGGUGGGUCAGCCGGUAACUAAAGUCGUCAACCCUCACACCGGCACCGUGAUUACCGUGUCGGCCGACGAGGAUGAGGACGCAAUUAGUUCCCUACAGGAGUACGACUCCGUCGCGGAGGAGAUCCAUGCACCUAGAAGCGUGUGUGCCGAGGAGGGACCGGCCUCGCUCGGCGCGGCGGACCUCCCGGAUGAACCGGCGAGCCGGACAUUGAGCCGCGAGCACACCGAGAUCUGCGCGGAGAUGCGCUCGGCGAGCGAGCCGGCGAUCGACAGCGUACCCGACGAGAGCAUACGCGAGCUGCAGGAGCGUCGCGCACUCUGCGCGGAGAUGGCGACGACGACCGCGGUGUUGAUCGACUACGGGAAAGAGGAAGCUUUUCGCGAUGUGCCGACAAGUCUCAGUCUGUGUGCCGAACAAGGUGAGAUCCCGAGCAGCCCGAUGACGCAGGCGAAAGAGACGUUGUGGUGCACCGGCAAGAACAACAAGUUUGCUAGACGAGAAGAAGAUUAUCGCAGCGAAGUUCACGAGAGACACCUCGCCAAGGCGAAAUACGUCGUCAGCUACGACGACGAGAGCGUCACUCUGAUGGAGAACAAAACAAUGCAAGUCGAGACGGCGCAGUCGAGCGCGGACGAAAGGUCCAGAAAAUCUUUGAAGAAAACCGAUCUCGAAAAAACCUCAUCAAAGAAAUCUUCGUCGGACGAUCACGCGCAAAAACGUCCGGUCGAACAACGCACAACGCGUAAACAUACGGUCAGAGAGAACAAAGAAAUCGAAGACGUGAAGGAGGAGAAAGAUAUCGAUAAGAAGAGAGCCGAAACAAAGACGCAUAAAAGUGACAAAGUAAAAAACAAAGAAGAGAAGAAUUCUGAAAGAGAUCAAAUGACGUCCAAGGACGAAGAGGUUAAGAAGGACUAUCCUAUCAACUUGUCCAAGCCAGAAAUGACUACAGAAGUAACUUCGAAGAAAAAGGAUUUAAACGAACUUGCGUCGGAAGCGGACAAAUCUACUGAUGACUGUGACGAGUUACCGCCAUUGGAUCCUCCACCGAUGGACGAUUUCAGUUCCAUAGAGUAUCAAAUGGUAGAGCCAUGCAACUAUGCCGCUUUCACGUCUACUCAAUCUGACGACGAUAUCGAGCACAUUCACGCGUCCGAAGUGAUGCAGAUGCGCGCUAAGAACGACAACAAGCACAAAGAUGCGGGUGCAGUCGGCGGCUGCGCCGCGCAAUUGGCCUCUCCUUCGGCGCAACGGAAGAGCAGCAAGAGCACAAUCUCGGACGACGAUCUGGAGUACAUACACAGUUCUGAUCUCUGUCUAGAUUCGAUGAAUUCGGAACGAGGUGACGCAGAUGCGAUAAAGCUCGCGAGAAGAAUGAGCAACGAAAGUUGCCUGCGCAAGAGGCACAGCAGGCACACCUUAUCUUCCGACGACGACUUGGAGCACGUUCAGCACUCCGAGAUUCGCGAAUUGGAGCAGAGAGAAUUCUCAACGCAGGAAGCGGCUACAGAGCAAGGAACCAAGUCCAAGUCGAGCAAGAAACAAAAGGACAUUAUGGUGAUCGAGAAGAGCGAGCCCGCGGAAACCGCGGAGGUUACCGUGAUAUACAAUCCCGUGGAAGAGAAUAUGCCUAGAUCGGAUGAGUUCGACAGAUGCGGUUCCGCUGAUCACGACAAAUCGGAAGGCACUCACCCGAGCCCCACGAGAAAGUCCAAGAGUCGCUCGAAAAAGGCGACUUCGUUGUGGUUGUACACAAGCAAGCGGGCUUCUCAGACCACCGACAGCGAUAUCGUCGAGAUCAUUGACAUCGACGCGUUGCAAAAGGCCGAGAUGGACGCCGCCGUGGUGCCGGAGUGCAAGGUUCUGCUCACGGCCACCGAGACCGCUGGAACGCGCGUCAAGAAGUCACGCAAGAGCAAGAAGUCACAUGUGGACAGUCAGUCCUCCGCGAACUUCUCACAGGAGAACAGCUCAACGGAACUUCCUUUGCCUCUACUCUGCUCCUCCAAAGUGAAAAUGGCGGAACUGCAGGAGGCCGUGCAAGAAGAGAACACGCCCAAGUCGAGCAAAGAGUCGAGAACUCAGGAUUUCUCUCCUCUGACGGAGAUAUCGUGGAGCUCGAUCGUGAAGAAAAGUAUAUCGUCGGAUUCGCAAGAAGUUCGCAAGGAAACGGAUCUCGAACCGUUGGUGGAGAUUGAGGAGAAGCCGGGGAUCGGCGAACAAGCGAAAAAGUUGGAGGCGAAAUUCGACGACAAAGAUGACUCCACGUUUCUGGAAUUCGCGACACAUAGAACGCACGAACACAAAUGCUUCAAGUCCAAGGAAGAGGAAGACAGUGUCUUUGACAACAAGACGACGAUGAAGGAGAGCUUUCCCAUAGAUUUUCCCACGUCCUGUGGAAAAUCUCUUCGGAAAGAGAAAGGCAAAAAGGAGAAGGGCAAAAAAGAGAAAGGCAAAAAAGAGAAAGGCGCUAGUGACAAAUUGUCUAAAUUCCAGCGACACGAGGGGGAUUACGAUACGGCAGAGGAGGAUAAUGCCGAUGAGACCGCAACAACGACGUUGAAAAAAAAUUUUUUCGAAAGUUUUUUUCUAGACCUUCCCGCGUCUUACAGAUCUUCCCGUACAGUCGAAAAACGUUCUACUGUCAGAGAUCUCAACGUCGCAGGAUCAGAUAAAUCUGUUAAACCAUCCAAGUUACGUUGGCACGAAGGAGAUUACGAUACGGCAGAAGAAGAAAACGUCGACGAGACCACGACGUCGAAGAGAAGUUCUCUCGUAGAUCUCCCCGCGCCCGGUAGACCUGCCCGGAUAAUAAACAAAGAACCUCGCGCGGACAAGAAUUUGUUCAACGUAGCGGACGACACAGCGCUAAUGAAACCAUCCAAAUUCCUUUGGUACAAGGACGAUACGGCGGAAAAAGACAGUGUCAAGAAGACGAAGGCGAGCACGACGGUGACGACGACGGAGGAGAGUGUCCAUGUAGAGAAUUACGUCCUUCCUACGCCGAUAAUAGACGAAGAACCUUGCGCGGGCAAGAAAGUCACGGACGAGAAUAUAGCGAGCGUCACGGCACGAGUUAAGGCCCGUCAGAACGAGGGGGAUAACGAGUUAGCAGAGAACAGACCUCUUCUCGCCACGGAAGUACCGAUCGUCGACGAGACACGUCGAGGUGGCAGUCAAUCGUUGGCCAGUUACGAAGACCUGAGCUCCAGCAGUUUCAGUUCCACCAGCAGGGCAUCGGACGCGAGGAGCUCGCCGACCCCCUCGUACGGGGCCGAGACCAUGAUGGUGUUUCCCAGUGACACUAGUGGCUCCAUUUGAGAUUAUUUGAGAUGCGCGGCCAUGCUUCCCAAGUGGUUGCGCUGUCUCAGAUAAGGAAAGAGCAAAACGGAAGAAGAUGAGGAGAAAGAAAAAGUCUUCUCUCUUUCAACGGAGGAGGAAGAAGGAGGGAGAUGCCACAUUUUAUUCUAAAAUUCCAUCACAACACGCGCACAGAAAACAGAGACACACGAGAGGACAGACAGUGCGCGGAAUGAACGUACGAUGAAGAUUACGAGAAACGUUAAACCCGUUAGUGUUGUCAAGAUUGAACGGGAAGAAAAGAAAUAUAGCUGAGAAGAGAAUUUGCAAACGUAAUGAGAGCGCGCGAGGAUGCGCGCUUUUGCCAUGCAACUUUUUUCGAAAACAAAAAAUAGAGUGAAAGAGAGAGAGAGAGAGAGAGAGAGAGAGAGAGAGAAAGUCAUGCGUGUGUUUUGCCAUUAUCUUGUUUCCUCUUUAUUUCUUUGCCAGCUCCUAGUUCGCUUCACUUGUACGUGCAGUCGCGCGGACCACGAGAGACACACUUUCUUUCGGUACGUGCAAACCUUCUGCGAAAAAGAAAAUUCUGUACGACGCCAGAAUGGCGUAGGAACGAAAAUGAUAUUUCAUCGGUUUUCCUGGCGCAUUUCGCAGAAAGAGAGACAGAGAAAGAGAGAGAGAGAAAAAAAGAAAGGCAGAACAAAAUGUAUUACGUUUCUCGUGUAUCUAUUUCUAUAUAUAUUACACAUAAAUCUCUCUCUACGCUGUUUUAAUACUUAAGAGACUAUUUUACGGUAAACGCUGAUUAUAUACAUAUAUUAAUCCCUAUAUUUUUAUACUUUUUAGUAUAUAUAUAUUUCUCUCCGUGGACAUCGUACAUUUCUCAAGGUGGUCUACGUUCGUGAUAACCGCAUUUUGUACAUCCCUGUCCUGCCCCUCUCCCACCGCCCCUCGUGCAAUCCGUCGGACAUCAUAAUAUUCGCGAUCUAUCAUUUGUACAUCCGGGAGUAUUUCCGAUUUUUGUGAGCAUCGUUUCUCCCCGCCGUACUCAUCGACGUACAUCGAUCAUUUCGAAGCAGGCCUUCGAACAAUGCGUUUGUUCGACGCAUUAUACAUCGCAUCAUUUAAAAAAAAAAAUAGCUCACCGCAAUAAAAAGAGACAACCUUUUUUUCAAUUUGAUUGGAAUUUGGUUGCAAGUGCAAUUUGAAAGAAGAUUUUUGUUCAGAAGAUUUUCGAAAUCAAUUCGCGCCGUUUUUUGUUCUCUUUUGCCAUUAAAUUUCAAUCGCGAUUUAGUGAGUAAUCUUCCUGUUGAGUCCGCGUCGAGUCACGAGAACUUAUAAUCCGGCACGGAUUUCUUCGAACACGCGACUUCACCACCCAUCUUCAUUAUCGCAACGUGAGUAAUAUUCAUCAAUCGUUGCUCAAAUAUACCGUGAAUUAAUCUCCCACAUGAGUGCGAUAUAAAUUGAUUAAAGUAAAUAAUGCAAUAUAUAUAAAUGCAUUCUUUGUCACGAUUUUGGUAAAACGCAUUGUGUCAAGGCGCGGCUUAAAAGUUUCUAACAAAGUUUCUUCGAGAGUUCGUUCCUACUCCAUCGCUCGUUCGUAAGCGCGACGAUUAUCUGUCAUGCGAUAUAAUAUCUUAGAUCGAGCGGAAGUUUAACAACGUGUCAGCAGCGGGUGUGAACGAGAUGUGAACGAGAUCGGUUUUUUAGCUAAUUUAGCGUGUGUGAAGUAACGCGAUGUAGCGUGCGCCAGAGUAUACCACGAAACUUGGGCAAACAAUUCGCAUCCAUUUGUACACACAUGUAUGUACAUAUUGUAAUUCUUUGUAGUGAAAUUUAUACACAAGGAUUUCUCGUUCUCGUAAGCAUUACACUCGGCUGAGAUUUUGGAAAAUCUUUUUCUCUGUAUUUUUCAAACUCAAACGCUUUUCACAAUCUUCAAUCGAAUUGCAUUUUGUUCACUUCUCUCUGGCUUUUCACGCUGUUAUUCGGGAAAAGAAAAGUGUUUUGAACAAUUUAUUUCUCUUCAAGUUGUUGUUUCGCUUAUUUCGCGGAUGCACGGUGUAAUGUUCGCGAGAACAAUCCUGUCUGUUUGUCGUAUCGAUCGACUGUCGUCGAUGUCGGCGAACGUAUAGCGACAGGAGCUUGACUGUCAAGUGUGUAAACAAGUCAAAAAAGUUACGAAGCAAAUUACCACAGACUGUAGACGCAACCGACGGGCCAAAAACCUAAAGUAUCUAGACAUUGUAUCAAACGCAAUCAGGGUAGGAAGUCGUAGUGCGACCUUGAGCAACAGAUUUCCUAAACAAUUUUCUAGAACCGAUUUUCGUGGAAUGCCUAGUAGCGCUUCUCUUUUCUAAGUGAUAUAUAUAUGUCUACAUAUAUAUACACACAUACACAAACACACACAUAGACACACAUGUACACACACACAUAGUGUGUAACGAGAUAGCGUAAAUAAUUAGCGAGUAAACGCGCGCGUGCGCGCGCGCGAUCGGUGCCGCUUGGACUCGAAAGAAGCGAAAGAUCAUUAGCGAUUUGUAGAUUAAUUAGAUGAUAUAGCGAUAUGUGGAAUCUUGAUAUUAUCAUCAUCGUGUCCGCGUAGAGAUAAAACGUAUAAUUUUUUGUAGCGAGCGCCGCGGCGAUUUGUACAAAAGAGAAGAAGCGUGAACAAUUGCAUGGCAAAGACUUGAUCUCACCUCCGUGUCCGGAUUCUUUCUUCAUCUUCUAUCUUCUUCACUUUCUUCCGUAUUGAUAUCCGCGGGUAGUUUCUGACGGGAAGAGUUUUAGAAGCGUGUCAGACGCCGCGUCUGAUUUUAUCGCGAAUUUUUCCGUUCUUGUUAAACGGAGAGAAUCGUUUUUCCCUUUCGGAAGGAAUUGGCAAUCGUUUCGGAGAAAUACGUUCGGAGAAAUGCACCGAGAAAUUUUAUAGAGUAGACUUCGAUUUCGUACGAUACACUUUGAUAAAAAAAAAAAAAAAAAAAAAAAAAAAAGUACGCAGAUGUAUCGUGCCGCAUCAUCGCAAUCGAUACGAUUGAAAAACGAAAAUUUUUUAAUCCAUAGACGUGUGUGGCUUUCCGAUGAAAACUUGCGAAAUGAUUUCGAAUAUCUACACUGAGAACAGAUAUCUUGAAAAAAAAAAAAAUGUCUGUUAAAGAUUCGAGAAAAAAUACGAGAAUGAAAUUGCAGGAAAGGAAGAAAUAGCGAUCCCAAGGAUCGUCAUUUUUUUGUGCGUCCAGAGAGAUUAAACGCGCGUAAUAAUCUCGUUGCCGCUGCAACCGAAUCAAAUGGAUACGCGAUGCACGCGUAUAUUUUUCUACCUCUUACUUUCCGAUAUAGGGCGACGUUGCGGCGAGAAUCGAUCGGAUAUCGUUCGUUCUCUCCUUGGCAUUGUCCCUAGACAGGAUGACGAGUCCACCAGGCUCCGACGCGCAACGCACGAUAUAGUCGAUAAUAAUUGUAAUAAUCGUAACAAAAAAUUAAUUAACCCACUGGUUAGGGAGUUUUUAUCUUUCGAACGCACGCUCUCGAGAGUCGAUUAAGAGUGUCCUUGAUCCUCCGGUGAACCGGUUCUCUUGUCUACGAUUUUUACAUGUCGGAGGACGAGACGAGAUUUUAUAUAUACCCAUUGUAAUAAGAUGCACAAAAAAUAAGAGCUUUAAGA